GCCAUCUAUUAACCAAGUACUCGACCUAACUCGAAAUCUGCUUGAAAACUGCCUCGCGAACUUCACCUAACCUAAAUGUUGGGCCAGAAACUAACAUUAUAGACAAUGGCGGAUAGAUUAACUCAAUUGCAAGACUGCAUAAAUCAGCAAGCUGAACAUUUUUGCAACAGCAUUGGUAUUUUACAACAGUUUGCGCCUCCCAGCAAGUUUCCAAACUUUGACAGAAGCGGUUCACAAACGCCGCAACAACAACAAUCGCAGGAGGAUUAUGUGCAGUUGUUCACAACAUUGAUUGCCAGAUGUGCUAAAGAUAUUGACACAUUAAUCGAUUCAUUGCCCAGUGAGGAGAAUUCCACAGAACUACAACUGGCAAGCCUUCAAAAGUUGGAGCAGGAGAAUCAAAUGGCAGCAGAAAGGCUGGAGGCAGUCGUGAGGAAAGGCCAAGAUAUGUUAGAACAAAUUCAGGCUUCUUUAAGUGAUAUUGCACAAGCACAGCUAGAUAUGCAACACCUUGCAAGCACCACUAAUUCCAGUAUUAAUAUUAAGCAAUAAAUUUUAGUAGUGUUUUUUAUUUAAAUAAAAUAGUGUUAAGCAAAA